GCUCACGUAUUGGCGGCCGUCAUUUUGUGGACGCUUUGUCCAGUCUCUCUUGAAGGGUCUCUAUGUGAAAAUCAAUGACGGCUAAAACGUAUGGCGUAGCCGUUCUCAGGUUUCCAAUUUAAAUAGUUCAGUUAGAAAGAACAGACCUAUGGAGAAGGUCUGCAGUCAUAAAGAGAGAGAGAGAGAGAGACCUAUGAAAAACAUGCGAAGAGGUUAGGAAACUUAUGCGCUUGUACUAUUAAUGAGUUGAGAAAAUUUAAAGAGAGAAAAAACGAGAAUGUUAGAUAUGAUGCUACUUUGAGACAUAUUACGCCUGUCUGUGUACGAUACAGUGGGAAAAAAUCUUUGGAAUUAGUUGAGAUAACCUCUUUGCACAUGUAAGAAGGUUAAGAACCCCAAGAUCUCAUAUUUGCUCCUGAAAUUAAUACCUCUUAAAUCUAAAAAAAAAAGAGAAAUAUAUAUUUAUUUUUUUCUCUCGAAUUUAUGGAUGUGAUACAUGUGUUAAGAAAAAAGAUAUAUAUUUUGAGAUUUCAGGUGAAUAUACGUUGCAAAUGGCAAUGUGUCGCAGGUUGUGCCAGCCUCUGUGGUCCUGGAGCUACAAGUAUCAGAAAAGAACAUUUUGUGUGAAAUUAAACAAUGAAAUAUUGGAGUCUAACACUGAAGAGGCACAAUUGAAAUCAAGCUUUAGGAAAUAUAAGACAGUUUCCGUAAAAUAUAUCAGCCAAAAAUGUUCAGACUUGUACGACAAAAUUAUGAAGGAAGACCUGUCGAGCAAGGAUUGGCAAGACAUACGCGAGGGCAUCCUUCAGAAUCCUCCGGUGACAGCCACGACGAUCGACAGCGUCAUCAUGGACUUAUGCCUCCUUGAAUCGCGCAUAGACAAAGCAAUACAAUACUUCCAGUUUCUCAAAGAGCACGAUUACCCACUGAACGUGGCGAUCAUCGGCAAGUAUCUGCAACUCUUCGUCCUGAAGCGCGACCAGCUGACGGACGCGGAAAAGCGGGAGAUCGUAGCCAUCUGCGACGGCCUGAUGGAGAAGUAUCCGUGCCUGGACGCGACCACGGCCGAGCGCUGCAUUUACAGUCUGUGCCUGACAGACCAAUGGGAAAAAUCGUACAAGCUAAUAGAUAUGAUAAAGCUUACCACGACGCUAAAAGAGUACGUGUACUCCACGUUGGCUGCUGCAGCUUUCGAACACAAUAAGCCCAACAUCGGCUGGGACGCGAUGCAGAAGAUCAGCAUUCGUGAUUGGGCAGCACAGAAUACACACAUGUACACGUCGUAUCUGCAAUACUGCGAGCGUGGUGGUUCGAAGCUGUUCGACAGCAGGCUCGAGAAGAUGUUCACCUUUUGGGCGGACACCGGACUACAGCCGCGUAGUAAAAUAUUAAACACGUACGCUAAAGUCGCCGGCGAGCACGGCUGGUCUGCGCUGCCUACGGAUAUUACAAAAUCGGGACAAUGCAAAACAUGUUCUCAUCAGCUGACUGACGUGUCGUUCAGUCGGGAGACCUUCCAGAAACUAGCGAAUACCUUUAUGGAGAGAGUAAUUGUAGGAUCGGAUAUCUAUCAUAAGUCCCAUCCGCAGGAGCUGCGUAAGUUUACGAAGUUCGUUGCGAAGACGAAGCCUUAUGAUGUGGUGAUCGACGGGCUCAAUAUAACGUAUGCCAUAUCUAAAGAUGUCCCGAAAUCAAAAAUGUUAAUCAAAGUGGUCGAGUACUUCGUUAAACGCAAGAAGAAGGUGCUUGUGUUGACCCGCAAACAUCAGAAGAAACUGCCCGCUUUGAAAUAUAUACAACAGAAUGCGUUUGUCUUCUGCACUGACAAUUUGUCCAAUGAUGAUCCAUAUCUACUGUAUGCGACUUUGGCGAGUGGAGAGAAGGCGAUGUUCAUAUCAUCGGAUCUGAUGCGUCAGCACAAACAUCUUCUGGAUGAUAAGCACUUGCAACAGGUGUUCAAGAAGUGGCAGUGUUCGCAUCAAUGUUUUGUAAAAAUGAGUGGAAUGAAGUUUCGAGUUGUACCACCGUUCAACUUUAUACCGCAUGCCCAGAAGAACUCCAAUUUCUGGCAUAUUUCGUGCAUUAACGACAAUCUCGCAGACGUAUACGAGUUUCCCGACAAAUGGUACUGUUUCCAUAAAAACAAAAGCAAAAACUAAUAAAGUCGAUAUUAAAAUUAUA